UAAAAGCCCCAGAGCAUCGCCGGGGAUACGUCAGUUAACACACAACUCCUGUCGGCGACUUGCACACUGCAGCUUCGAAAACACAAUGAAGGUCCUUGUUCUUCUGUGCCUUUUGGGCGUCGCCCUGGCCGCUCCCCAGCUCCGAACGCAACAGCAGGAGGAAGAGGACACCCCCGAGCCGUACGAAUUCACUGUGCUGGUCGCCGAUGAUGAGCUCGGGAACCACCAGGAGAGAGUCGAGUCGCAGGACGCCAACGGAGUCGUCCAGGGCCAGUACGCGUGGGUGGAUGCCGGCGGCGUCCGUCACGUGACCACGUACUCUGCUGACCCCGUGAAUGGCUUUGUGAGCAACACCGUGCAGGAGCAGACUGACAUCCGCGUAGUGGUGCCCCAACCAACCCCUGGCCCUUAAACUGUUCAGCGUUGCUACAAACUUCUUUCUAUCUUCACAACUUCCCCACCCUCACACACAGCCCACCCUGAAGUUGUUGAAUCUGAUUUCCUAGAACAAUUAUGGCAAAAAAUACAAAUAAAAAACAUUAAAAACACUUGAUGUCACAGCUGUUCAGUAAUACCCGGCGUUGUUGCGUCAUCUUAAGUCAGACUGCUUGUGAACAUUGCCUUUCCUCUCUCUCUCUCUCUCUCUCUCUCUCUCUCUCUCUCUCUCUCUCUCUCUCUCUCUCUCUCUCUCUCUCUCUCUCUCUCUCUCUACUUUCCGAUACAACACGACAUGAGAUAACACAAAACAUUUGUCAUUUUCUUUUCUGCACCUUGCGGGAAAACGAAAUCGGUAGAGGAUAAUAUCUUUGGAUUAGUUUAUUUUUGUUUUCAUUAUGGCUUUUUAUUUUCAUCGGUUUAUUUUUUUUCUCUCUACCUUUCUCUUUGCACGAUGAAUUUCUCGAGGCCAGCAAUGGUGGAGGGAUGCAGAGGAGAGGUGUAGAUAAUGUAAAUAUCCAGAUCAUUUUCUUUAUCUCGAAAAUCAAAUACGACCUCUUCUCUUUCUUCCUCGUCAUCUUAUUCAGUCUAAGUCAUAUUUCCCGUCUUAAUCUCAUGUUCAUCUUAUCAUUACUAUCCGAUUUAUUUAUCAUUGCAUGUUACCUCUUCUUUACUUAGCAUUUUUUUUUCUUCAUCUCUUGACAUUUUUAGGAUACGAAACAUAUACGUAUAAGCUCUGACAUGUACACACACACACACACACGAUUUCUUUUCCCUUCGCAUCUGAGGGAAGCUUCGAGAACUUCCCCUUAUGCGAACGGCAGAAGUCACUCUCCUCUCUCCUGGCGCGUCUCAUUCCUUGCAUUGUUAUUUUCUUCAAGUUGUUUGUUUAUUGCCACAAGAGAUUCCUGUUCGUGUUGAAAGCUUUUUGGCAAAUCAUGCAUGUCCGCGGACUCUGUCUGCAUCUCCUGCCCGGCUUUGUGCGCGUGUGGGCGAGUACAAAUAAAUAUUGGCUGCUUC